CUGCACACCGUUUAUCAUGUCAACUCAGUGGGCUGAGGUGAAGCGUGAAAUAACUGUUGUGAUGCUACAGUGGAGGACUGUUUUGCUUUCAGAACGUGUCAACCCGCCACUGGAACAAACAGUCCCCGCACUCAGAUGGGUAAACCUCAUGCUUUCUAGUCUUUAUUCAGUUUGGGCAACAGCAGGUUCUCAGGCGCCACAACUCUCUCUGUUUAUUUUAGGAUCCUCUCUCAAUUCCCCCAUCAAUACUGGUCUUGCUACAACUGCGCUGAGCCAAGAGAGAUAGCAGAGAGAGAAUUAGGGAAUAGGAGGUGAAGGCAGAGCUCCGAAUACAGUAAAAGAAGGAAGUGAAGAGUGAGAGGUCGGAAGACACAGGCCUCAUACAGGAAGGAGACGUAAAGCAACAGCAGCAAGACGCACUGCACUGAGAGGAACUAAUAAUACCAACCACUUCACAAACUGAAAUAGUAAAAACACGGAGGAAUGACAAACUAUAAAAGAACAGGGGAGUCCAGGAAGUUUGAUCCAAACUUCAAAGGACCGAUCCACAACAGGGGGUGCACAGACGUCCUCUGUUGUAUUCUCUUCAUCUUGGCCUUGUUGGGGUACUUUGCAGUGGGCAUACUUGCCUGGUCUCAGGGAGACCCCAGAAAAGUGAUUUAUCCCACAGACAGCAGGGGGCAGUUCUGUGGACAAGCUGGGACACCUCUGGAGAAGAAACCUCUUCUGUUCUACUUCAACAUCCUGAAAUGUGCCAGUCCGUUGGUGCUGCUGGAGUUCCAGUGUCCCACCACACAGUUAUGUGUGGAAAGCUGUCCUGACAGGCAUCUCACGUUGGUGAAAGCCAAGUUAGGCAACAAAGAGGACCGAGAAUACUUCAAAAAAUACUGCAAGGACGGAGUGGACUUUGCCACACUGAGUCCUCCUGAGAUCCUAAGGGAUGGCUUGUGUCCUGCGAUGCUGAUGCCCAGUAAAGCCUUCACGCGUCGCUGCCUUCCUGCCCUCGGAACGAUGAAAGGCGGGGUAGUGGUUGUCGGCAACGAGACCACAUUUGAUGCUGGGCAGGGCGUCAGUAUUAAUGCCUCCGAGGUGCUUGAGGCAUCAAAGAAGUCAAAUGUGGUUGUAGAAGCUCGCCAGGUGGCCAUGAGAAUCUUUGAGGACUACACUCAGUCUUGGCACUGGAUAUUACUCGGUCUGGUGAUAGCCAUGGUUGUGAGCUUGAUUUUCAUCGUCCUGCUGCGAUUCCUGGCUGGUGUGAUGGUCUGGGUCAUGAUUGUUUUGGUUAUUCUCGUCAUUGGAUAUGGUAUUUUCCACUGUUAUAUGGAGUUUGCCAGUCUGAAGGGAGAGCCUGGUGCUGAUGUCACCAUCCGUGACCUCGGCCUGCAGACCGACUUCUCUGUCUACCUGCAGAUCAGACAGACCUGGCUGGCCUUCAUGAUCAUCCUGGCCAUUGUGGAGGUCAUCAUCAUUCUGCUACUCAUAUUCCUCAGGAAGAGGAUCCUGAUUGCCAUCGCGCUCAUCAAAGAGGCCAGCAGAGCUGUCGGCCAUGUCAUGUCGUCGCUGUUCUACCCGCUGCUGACCUUUGCCCUCCUGGCUGUGGUGAUCGCUUACUGGGCUAUUACUGCUGUCUUCUUGUCCACGUCUAAUGAGCAGGUGUACAAAGUGUUCAACAACUCUGAGUGUCCGUUCUCACGAGACACCUGCGACCCCCAGACAUUCAACACCUCCAAUGCGUCAGCUCAGUGUCCCGAUGCAGAGUGCCUGUUUGCCUUCUACGGUGGUGAGACUGUCUACCACAGAUACCUCAUUCUGUUCCAGUUCUACAACGUCUUCCUUUUCUUCUGGUGUGCCAACUUUGUCACGGCGCUGGGCCAAGUCACUCUGUCGGGGGCCUUUGCCUCGUACUACUGGGCUUUCAAGAAGCCCGACGACAUCCCUGCCUACCCCAUCUUCUCCUCUCUGGGUCGGGCGCUCAGGUACCACGCAGGCUCUCUGGCUUUUGGUUCUCUGAUCCUGUCUUUGGUCCAGGUCAUCAGGGUGAUUCUGGAGUACCUGGAUCACAAGUUGAAAGGUGCUCAGAACAAGUUUGCCAAAUGCCUGCUAAAAUGCAUGAAGUGCUGCUUUUGGUGUCUGGAGAAAUGUAUCAAGUUCCUGAACAGAAAUGCCUACAUCAUGAUUGCAAUCUAUGGAAAAAGUUUCUGUACCUCAGCUCGAGAUGCCUUCUUCCUUCUCAUGAGAAACAUUGUCAGGGUGGCCGUUUUAGACAAAGUGACUGACUUCCUGCUGUUUCUUGGGAAGCUCCUCAUUGUUGGCAUUGUGGGGAUUUUCUCUUUCUUCUUCUUCUCUGGAAGAAUAAAAGCUGUAGAGGAGGCUGCUCCGUCUCUUAACUACUACUGGGUGCCAAUACUGACAGUGGUAGUGGGAUCCUACCUCAUCGCCCAUGGCUUCUUCAGCGUGUACGCCAUGUGUGUGGACACACUGUUCCUCUGCUUCUUGGAGGACCUGGAGCGCAACGACGGAUCAGCAGAGCGGCCAUAUUUCAUGUCACAGAGUCUGCUCAGCCUCCUUAAGAAGUCCAACGAAGAGUCCAAAUCUGUGGACUAACAUCUGUAAACAGUUAAUGUGUGUACAGUAUAUAUAUGUAUCUAUGUGUGUGUGUGUGUGUGUGUGUGUGUGUGUGGUCUUUUUCAAUUGAAAAGAACAGAAAGAGGAAUGCCAGUGCCAUUUUUUUUCUAAUGCACAGUGUUUGCGCCUUGCUGUCAAAUGGGAUUCAUUUAUGUUGUCCGUAUGAUAUUACUGAUCCUUUUGUAUUUUGAACAAACUCAUCGACUGUCGCACCCAACAGGGGUGAUUUUUAUCACAGAAGGAAUACGGGAGAUUAAGUUACAGAUGAUAAAUGUAGUUAAUUUAAGCAACAUAUUGCCUUAAUGCUUUCUUUUUAAUUGUAUAUUUUGGUAUUUUCUUGAUUGUAUUAUGUCGCACAGUCUUGUGUGGAAGCUUUCAAAGGUCCAGUUUAGGGCCGAUGGAGUUAGACUGUGCUUUAUCAGUUUAACUAAGCAUAUUGCACUGAUGGAAAUUAACUCACCAAAGCAAAGUUUGGAGAUUAACAGCUUAGUAUGACAACCAAAGCCUUAAGAGAUUACAAAUGACCCAAGCAUUUUAACCUGGAUUAACAUGUCUUUUUAAAAAAUAGCUUUCAUUUUUUACAUAUGCUCCACAGACUAUAAAAUGUGAUCUUUGCUAUUGUGCAAAUUUUGAGUUUGUAGAAGUGUGUCAUUGCCUUUUUUUUUGUUGGAAACUAAUAAAACAUUAUGUUGCCAUAUCAGUAUACAAUGGGGGAAAUAGCAUUUUUAAAGUUUUUUAUUAUAAAAAUGGCAGGUAAGUAAUAUAUGAAAUAUACGAGCAUUAGAUAUUUUUAAAAUCUGAAUUGUGCAUCUACAAUUUCUAAACUUAAAAAAACAUGUUUUAUGUGCAGUGAUAUGAAAACAUGAUGUGGUAAAUAUAUAUAGUAGAACAAGAGCAAAACCUGGUAGCCUUCAGAGUUUACAAUUUAUGUUUGUGUUGUAUUAUUUUUAUAGGUCUGUAACAUAAUAGUUUUAACAUUAUAAUUUGUUGGUAACAUGUAUGUGAAGUAGCCUUGUUGCUAAUUUACAGCUUUAAUUUAGCUUAAUAUGACAUUUUUCAAUAAAACUGACAAAGCUC